AUGUCCAAAGAUAACUCUUCCAAUCAUUGGAUUUUAAACGCUGCUCUCAUCGGAUCGACAGCAAUUGCUACCACGUUAUCCGUGUAUUUCUAUCAACAAGUAAAAAAGACUGAAUCCAAAUUACAGAAAGAAAUUUCCAAUCGGAAAGAAGAACGCAUUGGUAGAGUACGAGCCGAGCAAAAAAAUAGAGAUUUGGAGCAUAAAGUAUUGAAUUUACAACAAAAAUUGGCAAAUUCAUCACCAUCCUUGUUAUUAGAAAAUAAUUCAAGCAAUAAUGAAUCGAAUGAAAUUAUUUCAAAAGCAAGUAUCAACGAAGGUUCAGAAAAUAUUUCACAAUUUCCAUUUCUGCCAAUUCAACCAAUUGGAUAUUUAAGAUCAGUAUACAAGACAAGAAAUGGGUGUCCUAGACAGCCCUAUUAUGUGACCAAGGGUCGAGCAAUUUUAAAAUUAUUGCCUCAUUGCAAUCCCUCUUCGUCACUGGAUGGAUUAGAACAAUAUUCACAUUGCUACAUUAUAUUUCAAUUUAAUUUAAAUACGAAUCUGACAAAAGGAGUACUGACAGACAGUCAAAAUGCCAUUAAGGCAAAAAUUAAGCCUCCUAGACUUGGUAACAAAAAAGUUGGAAUCUAUGCAACAAGAACUCCACAUCGAUACAAUGCCAUUGGUUUGAGCAUUGUUGAAAUUGAUCACAUUGACCGAGAUGGAACACUUUUCUUGAAAGGAACAGAUAUAUUGGACGGAACAGCAGUUCUUGAUAUUAAGCCAUAUAUUGAUGGAUAUGACAAUUUUUCCAAUGUAAAAGUUCCAGAAUGGAUUAAGGAGCCUUUGGAGAGCGUUGAAAAAUAUCAAGUAACAUUUUCAGAUGAAGCUAAACGACAACUCAUAGAAGAUGUCACACAUUUAGAGUUUUUUGAUAAGAGGUCAGAAUUGGACGAGUUUAUCGAAUUUUUAACACAAGUUCUUUCCUAUGACAUUAGAAGUCAUAUCAAAAAGGCUAGAAGUGUCGAUAGACAAGACGAACACGAAUUGCUUGUGGAUAAAGUUAAGGUUACUUUUGUAGUCGAUGCUUCAUCAAAAGUGAAUCAUGUCAUUAAAAUUGAGAAUGCAUAA